AUGGCUCCUAUUAUUUUCACGGAAGCUGCAGUUUGGCCUGCCAACGAGGGUGAUUUCACCGGCUCCAUGGUUCUCAUGGACGGCUUCAGUCAUGGCGUGGACAACCCCACCAACGGCUGGAGCGGACGAGGUGUUGAAGCUGGCGGACACUACGGCAGCAUCGAUAGAAAACACCAUCCUGACGGUCGCUUUUCAUCGUCGGACGAGCUCGUUAAGGCGGCUCAGGUGCACAGUAGCGACAAUCACGGUGACGCUCUAGCUCAAAUCGGACCUGGACUUAACUGUGCUACUCCGUUCCUCGAAGACGCGAUGUUCGACGGAUUGCUGACCGGCGACGCGGCGAUUCACGACUCCGCAGCAUGGGCGGACCCCCCGCUUCGAUUCGCGGAGGACUUCUUUCCCUCGUCGGAAUACGAUGGUAUCAGAGAUAACUUGUUCCAGCCCGAUAUUUUUCAUACGCCUGACCCUGCUGCUGCCGGGAUUUCUUUGACGAAAGGUCUCCACCAAUCUCCACCUUCAGGGGAACCGGAGCAGGAGGCUGAGAUUCAGAACCAGGGACGAAAUAAAAAGACUCUGGCGCCGCAGGUGGCGCAGGGGAGCACGGGGAAUGCGAACGAGCUGCAGCGGCUGCUGCAGCGGAUAGGCCAGGGUCCAGGGCAGGGCGACGCGCAGCGAUUGAUAGAAUAUCUGCACCUGCUGCAGCAGCAGCAACAGUUGCAGCAGCUGCAGCAAGUGCAGCAGCCGCCGCAGCAGCAACAGCAACAGCAAGCGCAACAGGAGGCGGCGCAGCAGCAAUAUAGGAACGGACAGCAGCAGCAGCGACGAGGCGAGGCGGCGCAGCAGGAGGCGGCGAGCAAGCGACCGUUGGUGGACUCGGCGUUCCACCGCGAGUUCGAGUUCGACAGCUUGCCCGCCAUGCGCGCCGCCGAGAGCCGCGCGCUCGAGCGCGCGCUUACCGCGGCUGACAGGGCAGCGGCCGCGCAAGUAGAUUCCGCCGGUGUGUCACUCCGCGGAGCUGCGGAACCAGCUGCGGCAGCAGCGCCGUUUUUGGCGGGGAUGGGGGCGGACUCGGGGGGGAUGGAGGGGGUGGUGGGGAUGACGGGGGGAACGGCGGGGUGGGCUUCCGCGACGGACGCGGACAUGGUAACGCAGCUGUUGGCGAAUUCGCGAAAGCCAUUGGCGACAGACAUGGACAUGGUGUCGCAGGUGCGGCUGCGGAUGGACCCGUCGCUGCUGGCGUCUCUGGAUGCCAUGCGCGCGCACUCGCAGCACCACGCGCAGCUGCACGCGCUGCAGGGCAUAUUCGGGUGCACGGAGGACGUGCGCGCGGUGCACGCGCCCUCCGCGUCGGACGCGGAGCUGCGCGCGCGCCUGCUGCGCCUGGCGGAGGCGGUGGCGACCAGCGAGCAGGGCGAGAUGGCGGCGCUGACGCGCGUGCUGCGCGCGGACGCGACGCCCCACGGCACGCCCAUGCAGCGCGUGGUGCACUACCUGCUGGGCGCGCUGGGGAAACGCGCGUCGGGGAGCCUCGGGGAGGAGUAUGUGGUGGAGCCGCUGCAGACUGCUGAGGAGGAAGCCCUAAUCCUGGCCUUUGCAGCGCGCAACCCGCUCAUGCAGCACUGCUACACCACCAUGGCGUGCGGCAUCGUGGACGCAGUCGAGCACGACCCCCGCGUGCACAUAGUCGACUUCGCCAUGUGGGGCGGCCAGUGGCCAGUCGUCAUCCGCCAGCUGGCGGCCUCCGCCGCCCGCCGCCGCCGCGAGAGCUGCACCCACGGCUGCACUGCUGCCGGCGCCGCCGACCCAUAUGGCGCCAGCAGUAGCGGCAGCAGGAGCAGCGGCAACAGCAACAGCAACGGCAGCGGCGCAUGCCCUACCUGCACAGGCUCACUCCCCCUCCACAUCCGCUACACGGCAAUCGAACCACCCCCCGGCCACCCCUGGGGCGCAGGCCCGAAAAUCCCCAUCCCGUUUCUGCAGGCGGAGGUGUGCGGCGCGGCGGCGGAGUGCGGAGUGGCGCUGAGCUUCCACCGCGUGGAGGCAAGACCCGAGACGCUACGGCCGCUCAUGCUGGGGAUCGAGCGCGGGGAGGCUGUGGUGGUGAACUGCGCGGGGCGGUUGGCUAAUCUGGCGGACUCCACUGUGCUGCGCUCCAGCCCCAAAGACACUGCUCUCUCGACCAUCCUGCAGCUGGCGCCCAAGGUGGUGACGAUAGUGGAGUGGGACGCCAACCACCGGCAGCCCUUCUUCCUGCACCGCUUCCGCGACUGCCUCGACUUCUUCUCCAACGUCUUCCACUCGCACGAGCACCUCGCCUCGCGCGCCUCCUUUGGCCGCCGCGGCUUCGAGGAGCGGGUGCUGGCGCGCGAGAUGAUCAACCUCGUCGCGUGCGAGGGGCUGCAGCGGCUCGUGCGCGCCGAAACGUUAGACCAGCUGCAUGAGAGGAUGCAGCGCGUUGGGUUUGCUCCCAAGGCGUUUUCGCGGAGGAGUAUGGCCGCUUUGGGGCAGAUGCUUGCCCCGUAUUCAAAGGGGUUUUCGGUGGUGAGUCAUCCGUUGGGGGGUGUGCAGCUGCUGUGGCAGGGCAAGUCGAUGCUUGGUGCAUCCUUCUGGCAGCCUGCGGUUGAAGGGGCGGCCUUUGGCUGA